AUGGAGAUGUCAUUUUCUCGCGCUUUUUCGCUUCUAAUCAAAUACAGUCUGUCCAAUGAAUUUGACAUUUUAAUUAGUAUGUAACAAAAGAGUAAGAAUCGAUAUUUAAUUGUUAGUAUUAAUUGACGACAAUGAGCUGGAACAGUUUUCGGGUGAAAAUCGAUCUAUCUAGCCUUUAUCACGAUUCGAGGCGUCACAGUUGGGUAUAUAUUGUUCAAUUUGAGAGACCACAAAUCAGAGAUUUGGAAAAGCAUGUUGCCCAAGUGUUCGGUAUUAAAGAACCGUUCCACCUCUUAAUAAAUGGUAAUGAGUAUUUACCACCUGUUGAGGACAUUCGUAUAAUAAAGGAAACCGAUGUACUAGUUGUUUUGCCAGGCACUGGGCAUUGGAGUCAUGUUUCAGAUAGAUUUACUCCUUGCGGGAAUUCUUCGCAAAGGAGUAUUGAGGUUGAACUAUUAAGACCCAGCGAAACUCAGAUCAUUAAAUCUUAUGUACCAGAAAAGGCAAAGGAAGAACAAGACGUUGUACCUGAAAAAUGUGAGUCAAUGCAGUCUAGCACCGUGGAGUCAAAAACUGAUGACGAUUGCGUAAUAGAAGAUGUUAAUAUCGUUAACAAGGUAGACGUACAACGAAAACGAAAAAGAACGCGCAGAUCUCAACGCAAGAAAACAAGCAAUAACACUUCAGAGCCUCCGUUAUCAAGCUUACUCCAACAACAAUUAAAGAAGCCGACCAUCAUAGAUUCGGUUGUUAUUCCGUCAGGAAAGCACACGCGUUUUGACAAUGAUGUAUCUGAAAAUGGAACGUCUGCAAACGACGAAGAUAUGGGUCCCAGCGAGAAGAUAAGGACUUUAAGUGAACGAUCUAGCAUUUGUGAAAACGGUUCGGCAAGCUCCAAGGACCUCUCCGUGCUGUUAUCUCUUCAGAAAAGUUCUCAGCCACUUACGUUUACCAGUAAGAGUGAUAAAAAAGAUGUGAAAAGUAAAGACACAUCGAAUGGGCCGUCACAGGAUAGUGGGGUGAAGGAAAUGGAAUUAACGAACAAUAUCCCUGUAAAAGAUGUUGAUAUCUCCUCGGUGAAUCCACAGUCUUAUCCCAUUAUGAAAUCAAUACCACAACUUAACGAUAUCAUUUCAUUUAAGAUUUUGAAAAUGGGAAACGACUAUACGCCUCAAUGCUCUAACUUCGUCAUUGGCAAAGUGACAGACUUUCACCCGACUAGAUCAAGUUGCACGUUUCAAAUAUUAAAGGGUAAAAGUGAAUUGGAAACUCCGAAAGGAAAGUUUGCUCUUCCAGAUGACUUGCAACCAGGCAACGAAAUAGAAACUGUUACGUUUUAUACCACGCAGCUCAUCGAACCACGAUUACUCAAAAGAGAUUAGUCGUACAAGUGAAAUUCUGUCGAAGACUCAAGGAAAGACUGAAGUUUUAGUUUUUUUACCCGAUUGACUUGCAGAUGGAGCCACUGCCUGCAAACGAUUUUUCCUUAUUGUUUUCGCUUACCAUUUAAUAGAAAGGAUAUUGAAACAAGAGAUCUCUGUACGUACAUAAGUUAUGUGAAUAAAUAACAAAUUUUAAAUAAUUCACAAUUAAA